AUGAGUAAUACCACUGAGGAUAACCCUAAAUGUUUUAUUCCUUAUGAUGAUAUUGAGGAAAGUUUGAAUGAACGGAAAUAUUGUUUGAUCCUGGAUAAUGAAGAUGAUAAACUGCAUAUUUGGGGAGGAUAUUGGAAGGUUGAAGCUCAGAGUUUGAAAUUAAGAGCCUGGGAACCUAAUUUUAAACCAGAGGAACAAAAAUCAACUUCUGCUUUUUUCUGGGUUCAAUUUCCAGGUCUCAGUAUGGAGUACUGGAAAGAAAAGAUCAUUUUAAACAUGGGAAAUUAUUUAGGACGUUCGAUUAAAGUGGAUGAAACAACUCUUAAGAGAGAAAUAGGAUAUUAUGCAAGCGUGCUGGUUGAAAUGGAUAUGCCAAAAUUUAUUCCUAACAAGAUAUGGGGUGAAUCAAAGUAUGGUAGUUUUGAACAAACAGUAGUGGGUCACUCUGUAACAGAAUGUAGAUCAAAGAAAAAGGUUUCAAAUCAAGUAGAGACAGAGCCUGUGGUUCAAGCUAAGAAAACCUUAAAGAAGGUGAACCCAAAGAAUAAAAAUCAUGUUGGUUUUGAUAUUUGCUUUAAUGAAGAAGAAAUAGCUCAGAAUACUCAGCAUACUCAUAUUCUGGAUUGUGAAGAUGAGAUUAUUAAUGCCAUUGUCCCUCCAAUUUCACAAGGUGGUGGUGGUGAAAAUUCUUCUGGUAGUUCUCUAAAUUCUAAUGAAGGAGAAGUUAGUUCUGGUAAAUUCCAAAUUCUCCAGAAUAUGUCUGAGGAAAUUUUGAACUCUCCUAGUGCAUUUCCAGUCUUAUCUGCAACAAAGAUUUCGGAAGUGGCUUCAAGUGCACCUUCUAUAAAUGAAGUUAUUAUAGUGAUCCCUCCUCUGGGAAAAAGUGGUUCAAAUGUAGAAAAUAAUCAAGUUAAGCAGAAGCAUGGUACUAAUGUGACAACCAGAAAACAUGCAGCAAGUUUAGUAUCUAAUAUCAGUAAAAAUGGGAACAUGAGAAGAGAGCCAAAAAUAAGGUAUUCUUCAGCUUUCAUCAAAAAAUUGAAGUUAUCUGGAAUGCACUAUGAAGUUAAACACAAUUCUACUGAUGAGAAUAAAGGUAAUAUAUGGAUUCUUUGGAGUGCUUCAAUAAAAUCUCCAACAAUAAUUUCAUGCACAAGACAAGAAAUAACAGUUGCAGUUGGUGAAACCUUAAUAACUGGAGUUCAUGUUGCUUCAUUGACUGUAGAUAGAAGGGAACUAUGGAAGGAUAUGGAAGUGAUAAAUUCUUUAAAUAAACCAUGGCUAGUAAUUGGAGACUUUAAUGUUGUAACUUGCCUGUAUGAAAAGGUAGGUGGUCUUAAACCUUUAAGAAUCUCAAUGUUGGAGUUUAAUAAUUAUUUAAAUGGAUGUGGUUUGAUUCAAUCGCCAAAAACUGGUUUAGAUUUCUCUUGGUGUAAUAACAGAGCUGGAAGAAAAAGAAUUAUAAGCAAUCUUGACAUGGCUGUGUUUAAUGACAAAUGGUUGGAACUAUAUCCAAGUUGGGGAUACAAAGUUGGAGUAAGGGGCAUCUCUGAUCAUGGUGUUUUGUAUGGAGCUAGUGCUGAUAUCCCAAAGCCAAAGAAUGUUCCUUUCAGAGCUCUAAAGGUAUGGAAAAAUCAUCCUUCAUUUAAACAAGUAAUCAUAGAUUCUUGGAAUUCAGCUAUACUUGGGAAUCCUGGUUUUAUAUUCACGAGUAAACUAAAAAGACUCAAAAAAGAUAUUCAAUUAUGGAAUUGGAAUUCUUUUGGAGAUGUUACAAAAAAACUGAAACAAGCAGAGGAAGAUGUUUUGAAAGAUUCACUAUUAUUUGACAGAAAUCCUUUGGAUUUACAUCCACUCAAUAACCUUAUAAGGCAAGCUCAAAAUACAAUAGUUAAAUUAGAAAAACAGGAAGGUGGUAUUACUUAUAACCAAGAAGAGAUAGCUGAUAUCUUAGUCAAGCAUUUUGAAGAUAAAUUCACAUAUCAGGAAGUUAACUUUGCUACAAAUAUUUUUAAUGAUAUUCCUAUAGUGGCGAAUGAAGAUGAUAAUUUUCUUCUUGAAGUUACUCCAAAAGCAGAAGAAAUAAGAGAAGCAAUUUUUGAAUUAAAUCCAGAUAGUGUUACUGGUCCAGAUGGCUUUGCUGGAUGGUUCUAUAGAGAAGUAUGGGAGAUUAUUGGGGAAGAUUUUAUAAAUGUAAUUCAGUUUUGGUGGAGUAGAGGAUUCAUUCCUAAUGGUUUAAAUGCAAAUUUCUUAUUACUUCUCCCAAAAGUUAAAAAUGCUAAAAGAGCAAACCAAUUUAGGCCAAUUGGAUUGAUGAAUUUCAGUUUUAAAGUUAUCACAAAAAUUAUUACAAAAAGACUAACUGAAAUUAUCAAGAAGGUGGUAUCUCCUCAACAUGGUGCUUUCAUCAAGGGGAGAAAUAUUCAAGAGAAGAUUGCAUUGGCCUCUGAAUUAGUUAAUGACAUGGAAAACAAGAGAAGAGGUGGCAAUAUGGGUUUGGAACUAGAUAUCUCUCAAGCCUAUGAUUCUCUGAGUUUGGGUAUUCUUGUUUCAAGUCAUGAAAAAAUGAUAUCUUUUAUAUUAUGCAAUGUUGAUAAGAGAAAUGUGAGAAAGCUUUUGAAGGUUUUAAAAGAUUAUCAAGCUGCAUCUAGUCAGCUGAUUAUCUUAGAAUAA